AUGGAGGUAACUCUUGAGGACCUCGCACCUACUGCUCCCUCCGUCAUCAUUGAUAUCCCAAGGGAGUUUAACUAUGGUCCGACCGUUCUUCAACCAGCUCUCCACCUCAAUGGCGAGUCUAAGAAUGGUCAUCAUGAGCUCAAGAACGGCCACCACAAGACCACUGAGGAAAAGGGCCCUCCCCCUCCGCCCCUGGAUGCCCUAGCUGAGUUCAAGGGCACAUUCAGCGGUUACGGAUUCAACACUAUCUUCCGACCCGCUAGUCGAAAGACUCCAACCAAGUUCCCCAAAGAGCCAACUGACCAGUUUGAUGAUAACCUUUUACAACUCAACCUCACUGGCGAGACUCAGGUCUUCGGUGAUCUGUUGACAGAUGUCCCGAACCGUGGGCUGUUCGAGCAGGCUGAUAUCACUCUGAUUGGUCUUCCCUACACGCAGACAAUCGUUGAUGCUAUGCCGCCUCCUGAAGGGCAGACUGCACCUGCAAACCCUCCGGGCAUCCACUUUGAGCCUGGACUCUGGAUGAGAGUUCCUAAGGUGGAAGAGAUGCCAGAACUUCCUAUGUCUUUCUGCCGUAUGGGAUCUAUCCCUCACGGUACUACCAUCAACGCUCAAGGUUUUGACGCUCCUGUCACUGAGCCUGGUGCACCCAAAUUUCCCAAGAUCGAUAUCACCCCCCUUGUCCUUCCACUUGGCCCAGGCCCCGUUGAUGUUGCGAUAAAAAAGGCAAAGAAGGCGACGUUUAACAGCCAGACAGCUAGUGAUGACAGUUCGCGUCGCCUUCCCCAAGACUUGACCCUCUUCAUGGAGAACGGCACCAUCACACAAGAGAUCCUCAAUGACCCGAACACAAUCCUUUCCCAAGCCAACAAGGGCAAGCACAUCGUCCACAACACCAUGUUUACUGUCUCAACCAAUGCACCCGCCGGUAAGUUCGGCGGCGGAACAUCCAACAUCGGCUUCAACAUCGGCGCCGACGCAGGUCAAAAGGGCCCAGCCAAGAAGGCAGACAAGAAUGGAAACGCCAAUGCCGUCGAUGUGACCGCUCAGUACUGGGUCUCCAAGAUCCACGCUGAAGUUGAACUCGAUCCUGGAAUGCGUGUCGGCCAGACCGUUUCCCCUGCUGCCAAGGGGCCCAGAGAUGCGGUGCCGGAGUUCUAUAUCGACAAGGAUGUGAAGAUUCCUGCAGAGAGGAAGACUGUUACCGUCGCUUAUUCUCAGAUUCAGUAUUCUCAGAUGGUAUUUUUGGAUUUCAACGGACUCAAGUGGCCGCAUGUUACCGUUGCGACGCUUGCUCCUAUUGUUCAAGCGCAGAAGCCCACUCUUUCAUCUGCCAUCAAAGCCGUCAAGGCAUAG